UCGCUUUUGAUUCUUGUGUACCCUUAUGUAGCUCCUGUGCAUAUCCUUAUGUACUCUACGCCGUUAACCGCCUCAUCGUAUAAGACAGGGCUAGCCGCUUUUAAGUGUUGUAUUAAAGAGGUAUUGCAUAAAUAAGAAGACGAUGUUUAUUUCAAAGACACGACGAAUGAUCAAAUCAAAAGACAAAUAAAAGAAAUGGGCAAAAGCGACCCUGGGUGUUAUGAGUUUUGGGAAAAAAGAAUGAGUGACGGCACGUGAUUUUUUUUUGUACAUUUUUAAUGAGCUCUAUCCUUAUGGCUGUCAUGUGCCUUAUUUGGUCAAACCAGACAUGAAUUUCAGAGUCGAGGAAAAAAACAAUUACCUCUUUCUUAGCGUCGAGCAUCGCUAACAAACAAUGGCUAAAUGCGUCAAUUUUGUGGUGUUUUACUUUUACACAAUGUAAAAACAGUAAUAAUGCGAAGAAACGUGAAUAUGACGCAUUCUAGUGACUCCAUGCUUGGAGCAUAAUCCAGCUGCUUCUUGUAAAAGAAGCUUCUGACGACAAUUGUGCGCAAAUUUUUUAAAAGAUUUGUUCUGGCUCAUUUUAAAAGCGAAUAGAUAUUUGAUGAUUCUAAUGUUUUUAUCACUUUAAUUAUUGAUCAAAAUUAAAUAAUUAUGGCUGCAAAUCUUUUGUAUACCUUUGACAGUGUGCGUCUUAGUCAUGACAUCUAACUAUGUAUUUCUUAGAAAAAUAUUGAUGUUUUUAAUUAUAUGUAUUUAUUUUUAUUAAGUAUCCACUCAUUGCCGCUCUCUACAUAAUUCGGAUGUAAGUGAAAAAUUGAGUAAACUCAAUGCCAUAUUUGCGAAACAUGAUCUCAAGAGCUUUAUAAGCAAAUAGGCCGUAAACACAUUUUCUGAGUUUUAUGGUAUUUUGGUAAGGCAUUAUUUAUACUUCAUAACGAUUGCGUUGCUUCAACCUAGUUGAAACUCGAAAGGAGUAAACACAUAUUCAAAAAAAAAAAAUCGGUGGUCAAUAACGAACGUUUUUAAUUACUUUAUAAUGAACGACAGCUUUAAUGGCAUAUUUCACAAAAUCCAGCACUCGGCUUUGUGCUGCACUGAUUACCUUAGAGCCAAUGCUAAUAUGUCACAUUUUCAUAAGGCAUAAUUAUAUGUUGUGUGUGAAGCUCUACAUUCCCUAAGUGCUCCUCUACCUUUUAAAAAUAGCCGCAAAGGAAGUCACAAGUUUGCAUGUUCAAUUCCACGGUUCAACAGCUAGUCAAACGCUUUUUGGUAAUGCUGCUAUAUGUAAAGAGACCCGUUUCUUUCAGCAACCUUCACCCCUCCUUAAUCUUCAAGUGUACAUGCUAUUUAUCAAGCGGAUGCGUUUGGCAAAAUUACAAAGCCAAUUUUUCCGCACAUAAAUAGAACUAUAGCCUUUUAAAAGCUUCAUUAUAAUGUGAACCGGCGAGAAAUUCAAUUAAAAAGUGGUUUUAAUGUACACGAACGCAGCAAAAAGGCGCGGAGACCUAAAAAUCACUAACAAAAUAUGAGAUUGCUGUCAGACCCUCUUUACACCCGAUGUAUUGCUCAUGAACAAGAAACAGCGGUAACGAAAGCGAAAAGUGACAAGAUCCUCAACAUAUUUACAAUACUGCGCUAAACGGCAGGGACAAACUUAACCUUCACUCGACAGGUAGUGGACUUGGAGGACAAUUUUAAGCUUUAUCGGGCUGGUGACUAGACGGCAACUCAACUGCCAUAAAUUUACGUGACCGCCACAGACGAAGCGGUCAGGAAAAGCCCGGAACAACACAACAACAAGACAACAAGUAGACUUGAUGGGCAAUCCUUCUAUGUGACGACCGAGAGACGUACAUGACAAGCCCUUGAUUUACUAGAAUACAGGUAGAUUUAAAAGGCAAUCCUUGAUUUUACAAGACUUGGAAAGGAUUUAACAGGCAAUUGAAUUUACGUGAAGACCGUCUUGAUUAACCAAACAACGAGACUUGAAGGGAAGGAUUAAAUUUACUGUUGCUUUUGAAAGUAUGCCUUUAAAAGUGAACUUAGCUCACUGAGGUCUGACAUGGAGUUCCAAACUAGUACGUCAAACUGCAGCACAAACUUCAGUCGUAAUUGCACCCUCGCAUAUGGCGGGAAUGAGACAAAAGAAGAGGGCUAUGACUACUCAGGCAAGUUCCAGCCUUACGCAGACAUCCUACCCAUCGUCCUCGCGGUACUUAUCAUCGCAGCGAACACUCUUAUACUCUGCCUUGUAUACAAGCGGCGAACUCUCCGCACGGUAACUAACUAUAUCCUGUGCAGCCUGGCUAUGUCUGAUCUGAUGGUUGGGUUGGUUGGAAUACCGCUAUUUCUCGCGUGCAACAUCAUCAGAAGAGUGACUAUUUGCGUGGUAGCGGAGUUAUGGCUGCGCUUUCUCUCGCUGUCAACGGCCUCGCAUCUUAUCAUGGUAACACUGGACCGCUAUCUUGCUAUCAUCCACUCGUUGCGCUAUGGUAGCCUGGUGACAAAGCAGCGAGGCUUUGUCAUCAUCUCGUCGAUAUGGGUCAUGUCUGCGUUUAUGUCGAUCGUACAGCUUGAUUGGAUGCAUCCUAACGAUCUUGUCGGGUUAUCAUCGGAGUCGCAGAUCCGGAAAGCUGUGGCUUUCGACAUCGUCUGCAUCUUGGUGUACGUUGUUUUCUCUUUUCUCUUCAUGUUGCUGACAUACAGCAGAAUUCUCUACGAGGUGGUGCGUCAGUCUAAAAACAUAAAGAAGAACAGUACGCCCGGCUGGCAAGAGACGCGACUGCACAACAGGCGCGAGUGGAAAGCGGUUAGUAUGUUUGCGAUCAUGCUCGGCAUGUACAUCAUCUGCUGGCUGCCGUACUUCCUUCAUCGCAUUCAACAGUUGCUAGGCAACGAGUUUUUCACGCUGGAUCACGUGACAGAGUAUGUGUUCAUACAACUUCGGUUUCUGACUUCAAUGAUAAAUCCCUGCUUGUACGUGUUUGGGAAGCAUGACUUUCGAAAAACGCUCGGGAAGUCGCUAGGCUGCAACAAGCAAAAGACAUACAUUCCAUCCACUUGCUCCGACCAAACGAGGUCUACACUGCUUAAAACAUCAACUAUGUGAGAAAUGUAAUAGCCGUCCUUGAUGAGAGACAUUUACCAUUCGUAAAACAAUAUUUGAUCAGUGUACAGUAUUUGAUCAAGUAGUACAGUUCUUCUAUCAGGAAUCGCUUACAAACUUUGGAUUAUCAUCGAAUGAUUUCAUUUUUUUAAUAUUGAAGUAACUUAGGAAUAUUUAUGAGUACUGGGACAGCGUCUGAGAAUAAUAUGUCGACGGUUAUAGCGUCGAAGAGAUCACGAUUAUUACAGUGUCGAAGAUAUGUUGAUGAUUAUAGUCGUUAGAAUUGCCAGGCAAAACACAUAAACCUGCUGUGAUAGCGGAUAUCGUAUGCGGGUGAUGAUAGCAUAUGCGGGUGAUGGCGAAUAGCGUAUUCGGGUAAUGGCGGAUAUCGUAUGCGGUUGAUGGUGGCGGAUAGCGUAUUCGGGUAAUGGCGGAUAUCGUAUGCGGUUGAUGGUGGCGGAUAGCGUAUGCGGGUAAUGAUGGAUAGCGUAUGCAGGUAAUGGCGGAUAUCGUAUGCGGGUGAUGGCGGACAGCGUAUGCGGGUGGUGAUAUCGAAUGCGGGUGAUGACGGAUAAGCGUAUGCGAUGAUGGUGGAUAGCAUAUGCGAGUGAUGGCGGAAAUGGCGGAGAGCGUAUGCGGGUGAUGGCGGAUAGCGUAUGCGGGUGAUUGCGGAUAGCGUAUUCGGGUGAUGGUGGACAGCGUAUGCGAGCGAUGGCGGAUAUCGUAUGCGGGUGGUGAUAUCGAAUGCGGGUGAUGACGGAUAGCGUAUGAUGGCGGAUAGCGUAUGCGGGUGAUGGCGGAUAGCGUAUGCGAGUGAUGGCGGAUAGCGUAUACGGGUGUUGAUAUUGAAUGCGGGUGAUGACGGAUAGCGUAUGCGGUUGAUGGCGGAUAUCGUGUGCGGGUAAAGACGGAUAGCGUAUGCGGAUGAUGGCGGAUAGCGUAUGCUAAAUUUACGUAUAUAUUUUGCGUGAAAUGUUUAACGCCUUUCUUUAUUGUAUUCAUAAUUAGGUAAAUAUUCUAUAUGCAUAUAUGCUUAGUGUUCAUGCUGUAAACAGAUACACUUCUUCUAUUAUCCAAUAAUGUGAAAAGGAUCUAAAAUAUAGUAAAAUUCAUUGCGAAUCAUAUUGCUAUAUUAUACAUAUUCUGCUUAUGCAAUUAGAUUGCUACUCAAAUAAACACGCUACCAGCGAAACCAAAA